AUGCAUGCUUCAAAUGCAAAAAAGACAAGAAGCCUUGUAAUGGUGACUAUCAAACGGGAAAACCUUGUACGAAUUGUACAAGACGUGGAGAAGAAUGCUCAUUCCCAGAACCGGGACGCAAACCCAAAGGAUUACCGUCAACAGAAAGUCUUAAUGAAAGAGUUCGCAACCUGGAAAGCAAAUUACGAGAAACAACUAGCACCAUAUCGAAAGACUACGGAUGAACAAGUUGAACUGCUAAGAUCGCUAUGGCAUGAAUUCACAAAUAGUAAUAAGACAUUACAGUCGGUAGAAACAGCUUAUUUGCAAAUAUCCGAAAAACUGAGACUGUUAGUACUGACUACGGAUGAUGAAAAAGGAAGACAAGAAAUAUGGGCGUCUAUUAAAGGUAUGAUAGAAGCACAUAAAAAAAAUAAAGAGACUGUCAGUGGUGAUACAAAUGAAGCUACAGCAGUUAGUGCUACUACAAAAUUUACAGAUCAAAAAAGGGCAUCAAAACGUGGUCUUGACAAUAAAACUAAGCCUCGAAAGCCAAAAAGAGUAAAAGCAAUGGACUUUGACACGCAAGUGAAGUUGACAGACAGCUUCGGUCAACACCCCCCUCAACCAUCACACAAUAUCACAUCCCCCGAACCACCAUUCACAACUAAUGCAAUUCGUCAACCGGGAGGAACAUUUGUAAUGUCCUCAUACGUGGACAGCGCUCUCCAUCCGAGCGGUGUAGGUGUGUUCAAGCAGAUGGCGUACAAUGCCACCGAAGCACCUAGCAUACAGUCAGAGUCUUCCCCAAACACAACGUUAAUGCAAUCACCAAAUAUGGAGCCUUAUAUUAGCGACUUUAUGUCACCCCUGGGAACUAUUCAUACAUCCUCGUCUUCCAUCUACCACCCACCAUAUGCUCAGAAUUACCCAGAAACGUUUUCUCAUUCAACAGGACAAUCGCGGAUUGGAGAUAACGUUGAUAUUGUACCGUCACAGGGUGGAAAUUGUCAUGAGGAAGGAGGGAAUGAGGGAUGGUAA